AUUCUUCAAAUUGUCUAUGUUCAUAAACGUUCAUUGAGCUUAGCUAAGGUGUUAACUAAUCUAAGCCGCGUAAUUUGUGAUUGAUAGUAUCCAAUACACGCCAACAUGCAGCGUUUAAGCCGAUUCUCUCUGCAGGCUGAUAUGUGCAUGAGCACUUUAACUCCAGCAAUGGCCGGAUCAUGUAUAUAUAGCUACAGUAUACAGCAAAGUACUCACAUAUCUCAUAAUUCUGGAGGUAACAUUCUAUAUUUGGCGAGAAAAAGGGGUUUUGCAAUUGCUACCAGUGCGCUGAAUCAGUUUAAUACAGAAGACAAGAAAGCACAGAAGAAAGAGGAGAGAAGAGCUGAGAAUAGUAAAAGGCCUAAUUUCAUUGCGUUGCUGAAAGACGCCUCCCGCAUGAGAAACACUUCACGGGCAG